AUGUCGAUUCCUGGCCGUCCGUCAGGCUCCCAGUCCAACGCGCUGACACUGUCAACCCUGCUGAGCGGCCCUGCCCCCCAAGAGAACGUGUAUAAAUUUGUCAACAGCAAAGCGUCUUCCACUUUCGGACCUGAAUUUGACGCCCUUCGAGCGAUUCAGGCUGGAGCAGGCUAUUGGUCUAGCUCGGGUCACCAUUCUGACGAUGAGGCAGUCACGUGGACAGGAUCCUUCGAGAGUCCUGCAUACCUCAAGGGACUCCGAGUGAGAUGGGCGUACUCGCCGGAGAAAGAUGUCCAUGGCAACCAAGCCGGUGUAGGAGACAUUGCGAAGUCCUUCGGAGCGACAGUGACUUGUGCCAGUGUGGCCGAUUCCACGCAUAGCCCAUCGAAGGCUGUCGACAGCGAUCCAACAACCUAUUGGGCUUCCGGGGCGUUCGGCGAUGCGAAUCCUCAUCCAGUGGAUUUCGACAUCAACUUGGGAAAGCCUGCAAGAGUUUCUGGUGUUCGCAUCGACUGGGAGUACCCCGCUCUGGCCUACCGAGUUGACAGUAGCCUCGACGGAACCACAUUCAGCGAGCUAGCAAGCAACAUGGCUAAUCCGUCAAAUUCCACACUGGAAGUUUUUGCAGGCAGCGAUGCGCAGUUCAUCAGAAUAGCUCUUCUACAGCCGCAUUCCAAGAAUGGAAAAGUUGGAGAGAAAUAUGUCUACGGAGUCAGGGACGUCGAGGUGCUCGCAAACCGGCUUCAGACAGUCGUCGGUGACUGCAGGGAGGCAGCAAACUCGGCGGAUGCUAGGGACAAGUAUUUUGUCGAGUCAACAUCUGCAUUUGAUCCAACAUUCGCUGACAAGAUAUCGUCUAUUGAUGAUGAUGUCCUUGACAGAACUGAGGCCUUGGACAAGAAGGCACAAGAGCUGUACAGUGCUCUUCCUCAUACAAAGGCCUGCUUGUCCCAAAAGCAGGAGUAUGAGCAACGGAUUGACAAAUCGAAAUCAGAGUCCGCUUCAAUAGUAGGGCAGCACGACUACUUUAUGGAGAUUCAAACGUCUAAACAACCGAUUCAUUCGGAGUUGGCCCCCGAGCCACUUGUGCUCCGGUCGGCUGAUCACCUCCAAGCCGUGAAAGAUGCCAUUGGACUCAUAGCUAUUCACGCAGGUGUAAUCAAGUCGGGAGGUGUUGUGAGCAUUUCCCUCGAGUCACCAAGGGAGUCCUACGAGGGGUCAACUCGGAACGGAAUUAAAUCACUUGCGCUAAAUACGCCGAACAAGGCGGAGUUAGUUAAUCUUGUGACGGGAGAGGCCCUUCGCGGAGAGCUUCCCAGCCGCUCUCGAGGUGUUGCUUUCCGAAGCAUUCGCGUUGGACCAGUCGCCAAGGAUUGCCCGAUCGAAGAAUUCGCAGCGCCAGCAUCGUCAUUUCUCGAGCUGACAUCGUCUGUUAACUUAGAAUCUGAAGUCGAGGCUGCCGAAACGCCCAACGAGAAACAGGAAAAUGUUAUGCUGGAUCCUUCCCUUGCUCUUGUCAUUCGGCAGAUGUUGCAGGAAAUGGAUGCGAUCCAUGGAGUUGACCCGGCAGCGGUCUUCGCAGCUCAAACUCAAGCAGCGGAAGCUAUUCGUGAAGUGAAGAAAUACCUGAAACCGGCUGAGGUGCUACAAAGGAAGCAAGCAACUCGGACUGAAGAGCUGUACGUCGCCGGCGAAGAUCUUAUGACUAAGAUUAUGGCGGAAGCGGGCCGCUACUUUAACAACCUGGAGGAGCUUUAUGUGGAGCUAGAAAGAGCGGAGGAACAAAGACUUGAGGAAGCUGGGUUUUCUUCCUUCGAAUUGAACUAUGAAACAAUGCCAUUUUCCCGAACAUUCGCCGUCUACGACACCCUCCGGGUUAAAAAUGGACCAAGCAGCUGGGGAUACUCUGAAGAUGCUGUGGCAGGUCACAAAAACACUAUAGUGCAAACGUCGGCAGUCCUCGGAUCUCAAGAUGGAGACGGCACAUUCGCAAUGCUGAAGGCUCAUCGAUUCUUUGACUUCGUCGCCUAUGCUGACAUAUACGCUGUUGGCUCUGGAAGCGUCGGAGUGUCUUUCCGCAUGAGAGAUCCGAACAACAUGUUCAUGUUCGAAGCCAAUAAGGAGAGAGGCUACAAACGUCUGCUGCGCAUCGACAACGGGGACGCAAUCAUUAUCGCUCAACGCUUUGAUGGGGGAUAUGAGGAUGGAAAAUGGUACCGCGUCAGGAUCGAAACAACGCACGGACAUAUUAAGGUGUGCUUCGGUGAAGGAAACGGCAGCCUGCAAAAUAUUUUUAGUGUCUUAGACGAACGUUUCCUCUCCGGCUCUCUCGGUCUGUAUUCCUCUGGAAUGGAUGGCGGCGUGUUUUUCGACAACGUCCGCAUCAAGGCGAAGGCGUGCUCCCAUAUCUCUAGGGAAGCGCCGCCUCUUCCUCCGCGAUGUGCCCGCUUCACAGAGAUGUAUCUUGAACGGCCAGAAGCACUCUACGAGGUGCCGGCAUUUACCGGCGGCGCUAUGAAGGCUCUUUGGCAGUACAAGAAUGAAACUGUCACGGAUGGAGAACGGCAUCAAGGAAACACUCGCAAGCAAGGCUAUCAAGCCACAUACUGGACAGUGGAAUAG